AUGGAGGCGCAAUCCUGGCGUGGUCGACUGAGGAGCCGUCGCACCAACGGCGAACCACUGAGUGUCGCUCCACAAAGAGCACCUCAUCACAUGGAAACGGACAUCCCAAUAGAAAUUGAUACCGCUGCAGCAGGCGCUAUUUGGCGUGGUCGACUGAGGAGCCAUCGCACCAACGACGAAGAUCGGAGGGCCUCAUCGCGACGAGGAGCUCGUCGCACGGAAGAGAACCCUCCAAUAGAAAUUUAUGCCGCACCAGCAGGCAAUGUACAAGGAGUGGAGCCGCAGAGGCGACGCGGACGUCCUAGAAUUCAUGCCGGUGAGGUCGAUCGCCAGAGGAGAAGACGUCAGAGUGAAUCUUCGCAGGAAAGGGACUCACGCUUGCAGAGAGAUAUCUCCCGCCGCCGGCGAAGGCGCGGCAGAGAAACCAUCCAAGAACGGACUGAACGAUUACGGCGAUUAUCACUAAGCCAACGACAGAGACGAGAACGAGAAAGCCGUGACGAACGAGCUGCACGACGCAGGGAUGAUGCUGAACGCCAUCAGCAAAGGAUAGCACGGGAAAGCAGUGAAGAACGAGCUGAACGACGCAGGGCUGAUGCUGAACGCCACCAGCAAAGGCGAGCACGAGAAAGCAGUGAAGAACGAGCUGAACGAGAAAGGGAUGAUGCUGAACGCCUUCGGCAAAUGCGUGAACGGGAAAGCAGUGAAGAAAGGCGUGUUCGUCUUGCAAGCGAUGCUGAGCGUCACCGAUUACUACGCAAUCCUCCUUCUAGAGUGCUUGGAGUAGCUACAAGGGAUCGUUACGCAGAACCCAGCUACCUCGGUGGCUUGGAUCACAUAUGUGAGCAUUGCGGCGCACACCACUUCCUCUGUGAAGUUAAGCCACAGCAUCCAGAUCUCUUCUUCGAGUGUUGCGACUUGGGCCGUUUCAAUCUGAAUUUUUUUGAAGAGUUUCCUGAUAGACUGCGGAAGUUGAGCUUCAAUUCUGCUUUGGCAAUGGCGUCAAUGGGAGCUCAAAUAGACACGAUGAGAGGACGUGGCCCAUACUGUUACAGAAUACAUGGUCAGAUUUAUCAUCGGAUAGGCCCACUUCAUCCAAGAGAAGGAGAGCUACGUCAGUAUGGACAGAUCUAUAUCUUGGAUACGGAAAUGGCUGCUGACCGACGUCUCGGAGACCCAAGAAAUGUUGAUUGUGAUCCAGAAUUGAUGCGUUCUCUCAGCGAGUUGUUGUCGGAAGUUAAUGUUUAUGCUCAGUCCUUCAAGAUGAUGAGCGAAGUCGAACAAGCGGAAAUUGCAGCCGCAGCACGCGAAAACCGUACUCCUUAUAAUAUCCAAAUGAUCUUUGAGAGGAGCAAUGAGAGAGGAUUAAGGCGUCGUCAAUACGACCUGCCGACGGCGAAUGAAGUUGCAGUUGUGUACGUUGGCGAAAACAACGACGUGCCACCAACGAGGAGCUUAGCCGUGCACCUCCGAAAUGCCUCAGGAGAACAACUCCAGAAUAUAAGCGAUAUUGACAAGAUAUGCGACCCUCUCACUUAUCCACUCCUCUUCCCUACUGGAAAUGGCGGAUGGGAGCCAACCAUGACCAAUGACAAUGGAUAUCGGAUUUCACAGAGAGAGUACUAUUCGUAUCUGCUGUCGGUAAGAGAUAACUUCAACCCUAUUCUGUACGCUGGAAAACUCUUCCAGCAAUUUGCCGUUGACGCUUAUGUCAAAAUAGAGCAGAAUCGGCUUAAUUUCGCGAGAAGAAAUCAACUGAGACUGCGCUCCGACUCUUAUAGAGGUCUGCAGGACUAUCUUGCCGGUGAGGAUGUCACCGGUCCACCGGGAGCCCGUGUCGUUUUGCCGUCAUCCUAUUUCGGUGGACCGCGCUCCAUGCAACAGUCAUAUCAGGACGCAAUGGCUAUAGUUGCACGUUAUGGGAAACCUACAUAUUUUCUGACAAUGACGUGCAAUCCGCAAUGGAAGGAAAUCCAAGAAAACCUCUUCAGUGGCCAAUCAGCGUCGGAUCGUCCUGAUGUGGUAGCGCGGGUUUUCAACGCCAAGGUACAAGAACUUUGUGUCGAUCUCUUCAAAAAACAUAUUCUUGGAGAAGUACAAGCCUACGUGUACGUUAUCGAAUUCCAAAAACGAGGCCUUCCACAUUGUCACAUGCUUCUCAUAAUGAAAGAAGAUUGGAAAGUGCGGACGGCGGACGAUGUGGACAGAUCUAUUUGUGCGGAAAUCCCAAACUCUGCAGAAGAACCCGCACUUCAUGCUGCAGUGACGUCCUUCAUGAUACACAGGCGAUGUGGACAGGUGGACUCUCCAUGCACGCUUCCUAAUGGAAUCCUGUUCAAAAAGGUUUGUGGCAUGAUAUCAGCAGUGAAGUACCUCUACAAGUAUGUCUACAAGGGUCCGGACCGUGCUCGAAUCAACAUCGAAGGCAACCAAGACGGUAACGAAACAACUAAUGUUGACGAAAUUAAGCAACAUUUGAAUACUCGCUAUGUGUGUGCCCCUGAGAGCAUGUACAGGAUCUACAGUUUUGAGAUGCAGGAUAAGUCGCACACGAUCGUCAGGCUCGCUGUUCACUUACCUGAUUACCAAACGGUUCUAUUUGUGCAAGGAAGAGAGCAACAAUACCUUGAUCAUGCACGCCAAUCAUAUACAACUCUUACGGCAUACUUCGAGCUCAACAGGCACUAUGCCCAAAUUGGUGAAAACGAACACCGCGACAUUGCGACGGAUCCUAGGGAGCUUUAUUACUAUCAACUUCCUGAAGACAUCAUGCAAAAUAGUGAGCCGUUUGGUGGAAAGAUUAUGAUUAUUGGUGGAGAUUUCCGUCAAGUCUUGCCAGUAGUCGAGCAUGGUCAAAGGGAAGACUUUGUUGAUGCUUGCGUUCAUAAGUCUGCUCUUUGGUCGCUGUUUGCAAUUCACCACCUGACCGUCAAUAUGAGAGCAAGAGAUGCUGGAGAUGACUGGCAUGAACGUCUUCUUGGAAUAGGUAACGGAGACUGCAACGAUGUCAAUGAUUGUGUGCUGAUGCCUGAAGAGAUGAUGUGCUCUUCUGACAUAGUUACAGAGAUAUUCGGAGCCACCCUCGACCCGGAAAGGACGUCUGAGUUGUGCGAGCGUGCCAUUACUUGCGCCAAAGAAUGUCCACGUACAGCGCUUAAACGACAUAGCCCUUGA